AUGCAUACAAAUGACAGCAUAUUAUCCGAGGUUGAUACAAUUACAAAAGCGAUUGACGAUGCAACAUACAGCCUCAAAUCAGCUUGUAGUGGCCUUCGUUUUUGUUACCUUAGCGAUGUCUCUAAAGAAUUCACCGAACUUCGUGGAGAAGCAACAAAUUAUGCCAUGGUUUAUAAAGAAAUGAUCUUUCCAUUCGCAGAUCUAGUAGUUAAUAACAUUAAAAAUUUUUGUGAUAAUCAUCAAUUCGAUUUUGACACUUUUAAAGACUGUAUUGAUGAUUUUAAGGAAGAAGCAGAUAAAAAGCAUAAGUUAGCCAUGUAUACCACGGAACUUCAUAAGAAAAUUCUCAAAGAAUUCAAGCAAGAAGAAGAUAAAGCAAUUAAAAUUUAUAAUAUAUCCGAAUUAGAAGUUAAAAAAAUUAAGGAGGAGGUGGAAAAACUACAAAGUUUGGAAGAAAUAAAAACAUGGGUGGAUGCAUUGAUCUUAAUACCCCUGAAUUCGAUUAAUCGAAUUAGAGCAAUUAUAAAAAAGGGACAGCUUAAACGUCAAGAGGCUAUAAAAGUUGCCAUUGGCUUAAUUCGCGAUGAAUCAAUAAAAAAAUUUACGAUUUCUUUAGAAAAAAUAGCAGGGUUUUUUAAUAACCUAAGUAUGUAUUUAUCUUCUCUUACAGAUGAGAAAUCCAUUAGGCUUUAUUAUCAUGCAAGUAAAUAUACGAUGGAAAAAGUUUCCCGAAGCUGUUUAAAUUUCAUAUCGAAUAUUCCUGCUAUUGAAUCCGAUCUUGACGCUAUUAAAUCCGAUAUUGACGCUAUUGGCUAUGAAUAUAAUGAGAAUUAUGUAAAUAGGUGGUAUACUGAGCAGAAAGUUAGAAUUAACGGUCGGGAAAUGUCUUUUUUAGAACAUGGAAAAAUAUUAUUUGCCGAGGAUAGACGUAUCUUACGAAUGUUAGGAAUAGAUAAUGAAUGA